AGAGUGCCCUCGUAUGAAAAAAGAAGUAAUGUUCAUUGAUGGCAGCGAUGGAUGGAUCAUGUCUGGCAUAAGGGCCCGAUCUUUGUGUCAUCUAUAAAACAUAGUUUCAAACUGAAUGAAAUCAUCUUUGGCCAAUGAUGCCAGUGCCUUCUUGGUAACAUCUGAUUGGAUCUCCACUAAUAUGUUCGUUACUUUUGAGAGGAUCGUCAAGAUGCUAGAGAUGAAAGAGCUGGUUAUUGCUGCCAUCUGCGAGUGGAAGAAGGAUGAGGAUAACUAAGAUAUAGUCAGAGAGAUAAUACGGUGAGAGUUAGAUAGACGUAGAGAAUAGUUUGUGUAACACCCCACGUACCUUUAGUGAAUAAUUUAAAAAUUAGUGCCUUUUAGUUUAUAGUUUUAAGGAUUAAAUUGAUUGGAUUUAAAGUUUGGGGGUUUUAAGCAAAACUUAGCAGAAGUUGAAUGACCAUAACUCAAUUAUCCCAAUUUCACUUAUUGUCCCAACCAAGUUUUUUUUCUUGGUCAGUGGAAGCUUGGAUAAGCCUCCAGAAAGCUCCCAAAAGCCCCAUUUUGUUUUCCUAUGCCUUCCUCUUCCACCUACAUCCUUUUCUUCCUCCUUUCUCCAACCAAGGUUAAGGUGCUUUUGUUAGAUCAGUAGAUUGAGGUAGCAGCCUUUUGGUUUAGGAGCUUUUGGCACGUGACUCGCAUGCUCGUUGUAUGUACCAGCUAGGGCCUCGUGUUUUCGAUAAGGAGGCAGAUCAAUGUCUUACCAAAACCACGACUCAGCUUUUGUUUUUUGAAAAGUUUUGAAGAAGAAUUUGUCUCAUAUAAUUUUUGUGUAAAUUAUCUUUAUGUAUAAAUCUUUGAAUUAAUU